AUGUCGCUUGAUAAGCCCAGGUUAGAUCACAAUACUCUCAAAGAGGGUAGGAUAUCUUGCUUUGUGUGGACAGCGGGAGAUCUCAGUGCUUACGGGCAAAUUCACCGGAGCGACGAGUGCCCAUCACGACUGCCGGGACGUGUUGAAUCGUUGAUGGAAGCCCUCCUGUCCUUUGAUUUCCUCAUACCCGACAGACAUAGGGAAACCUUCGCCGCAGAGUGCGCACAACAUGAGAUCACAUCCUUGCCCCUAGGGAGUAGCUUGGUCCCUCCGGAGUCAGCCUACCUUGAAGAUUUUGAAUUCCAAACACCAGCUUUGGGCGUAGCGAAGAACGUUAUUGAGAGAGAAAUUGAGGAGUUUCGGGCUGUGGCGGAGAGAUCGCGAGACCUUUGCUUCAAGAACGCUACACGAGAACAAUGGCAGCAUUUCCUGCAUUCUUAUGUGUUUAAAAGUUUUGAGGACACCUUCUCACCUCUCACGAGAUACGAAGCAAGCAAUGUUCACUGGGAUGAAGCCAAAAAGUAUCCAAAUGUCGAUCGUUCUGCUACGCAGCCGAUAGGUCCUAAGCCCGAUCUCACAUAUGGGAUUCCAAUUCUUAGGCCUUGCGACCUGGAUGGCCUUCCCAAAGGAUUUCGUGACCUUGAACAAGUCACUAAUUUUACGAUCGAGAGCCUGGGGACCCUAUGCUCCGCUGGCCUUACUUCGUCCCCGCAGAGCGGCGUCAGUAAAUGGACAAAGGAUAAAAGAUUUCCCCUCAAUCAGAAUCAUCUAGUGUGUUUUCCCUGGGCGGCAGUGGAGUUGAGUCCUGUGGAAGAGGAGCAACAGCCAAUUGACUUUUGCUACUACCAAGCGGCAAAUACGGCCUCAGCUGCCCUUAAGCUGCUUGAAGGUCUAUACACAAGCUCUGGUACAUUCACCAUCGAUUCCUCUCCCCCAGUGGUUAUGUUCACCUGUCACGGUCCGGAACUGGGUGUUUGGCUGGCUUAUUCGUGCUCUAAGGGGUUUGGUCCAAUUUGCUAUGGUUACAAACUUCUGCAGAAAAUGGUGCGCAUCUGGACCAGUUCGCUGAACCUCACCUGGGGAGUAAUAGCAACAUGUCAGAUAGUGAAAAACUUGCUGUUUUGGGCAUCACGGUGUUUUAAGCCCCAGAUUUCAGCUUGCAUUAGCCAGAUCCGCUUUUCCCCCUUUUCUCCUCUUCGGCGAAAACUGUUGGGAGUAUCGCAUGUCCGUGGAAGAGCUUCAGGAAAGCCCGCACAAGACCAUGAGACGCCUGUUUCUGAUACUCUAAAUGCGAAUUCACAAACUGCAUGUGAUGUCAGGCCUCCUAAGCCUCCUACAUCAGAAACUACGCCGGUGGCCAAGAGGAUACCUUGGAGGGGAAGGCGAAUCGAAAUCUGGUUACCAAGGGCCAUUGCCAGGAGUAAAACUAAAGAUACCAAGACACCUCCAACUCUGAAUCUUGCCCCAUCUAAAAAAUCUACCGAGAUUCAAUGUGUUCCGGAAAACGAGACAGGAAAAUGCCUUGCGAAUCCGGAUCAUGAAGCAGAAGAGGAAGGCUACAAGGAAAGCAACAGAGAGAGCGAAGAUACUGGCGAAUCCAACAAAGAUAGCCGUGGUCCAACUUCUGGGGUUCACAAAAUUACAGUACUCGCUUCCGGUAUGGACGGACGUUGA